AUGGAAGUUAGGAAUGUCACUGAGUUUGUGCUCCUGGGACUGACCAGCAACCCUCGGACUCGGGUGCUGCUGUUUGCGCUGUUCUUGGUGAUUUACCUCUUGACCCUCACGGGGAACCUGCUGAUGCUGCUGGUGAUUGGCUCCGAUUCCCACCUUCGUACCCCCAUGUAUUUCUUCCUGAGACACCUCUCCUUUAUAGAUGCUUUCUAUUCCUCAGUCAUUGUGCCCAAGUUGCUGAGGAACCUGAUUUCUGAGUGGAAGACUAUAUCAUCCCUGGGGUGUUUCACUCAGAUCGCCCUGGUCAUAUUUUCUGGGGCCACCGAGGCCUGCCUCCUUUCCGCCAUGGCCUACGACCGGUUCCAGGCUGUGUGUCACCCACUGUUGUAUGUGGUCACUAUGAAUGGAAAGGUGUGUUCUGGGCUGGCGGGUAUAUCCUGGGCCAUAGGGAUCAGUGCCAGCCUGAUUAACACCCUCCUGCUGGCCCAAGAGCACUUCUGUGGCCCGAACGUCAUCCACAGCUUUGCCUGUGAGAUUCCUCCCGUGCUCUCGCUGAAAAUUCUGGGAAGCUCCAGCUUCGAACAGGUCAUCAAAUGGACUCCAGGUCCCCUCAAAAUCUGCAUCCUGGACAGCUUCAAGAUGGCUGCCCCAAGUGGUCCAACCUCACAGACAGCUUCAAGUAGGCCUGCACUUUCCUAG